AAUCAUCGAUCAGUAAUGAAACAUUAACAAUUGAGAGCGUAAAUCCAUUACUCAAUUCAAAUGAAACUAGUAACAUAUUUUCUGAAUAUAUUGCAGCUAUACUUCUAGCAAAUUAUGAUUAUUCUGUAAUGGAAAUUCAUAAGUAA